AUGGUCAGCAAAACAUCUCGGCAAAUCAUAUGGCUCUUGGUUUCAAUUGCCGUACUUUCAACCCUCUUUGGACUCCUUCUUCCAACCAAACUGCUCCGUCUAGUACCAGUCAUAUCAUCGAUAGUCAGCCUACAAUUUGCUUACGACGAGUACGCCUUCCUCUCCUGCUGGACAAUCCCUCAAUACCGAGUGCAGGCAAAUGAGCUGCUACCCCUUUGGUUCACAAAUUGGGGACCAUGGGGAACUAAAGUUGUCUUUGGAAGCUUUACUUUAAGUUUGGCAAGCGGAUUUGCGAAUACUGUUACCUCUUGGAAUGGCACUGGGGCUCGGAGUGUCGUUGUCUCUUACCUGGCUGGAACUCUAUUUGCGGCCGGUCAUCUCCUCAUUUUUGGUCCCAAAGCAAUCGAUUUGCUGGCCAAGAUCCGGCGCAAUGAUGCUAAUGCUUCAAGUACGGCAUCGUUAGAUCUGUGGUUAGAGAUGCACCUAACGAGGUCUUUAGUGGUGGAUUUACCAGCUGUUGUUUGCUUCAUCACCGGUUUCCUUCUAGCCACGGAGAGCGUUGUUUGA